AUUUGGAAAAUGAGGUUGACACCCUCAAAUCUCAGCCAACAGGCAAGUCAGACGACUCCGUCAUACAGGUUUGUUGUCUUAAAUUGUUACAUGAGAAAAUGAAUAAGCUGCUGUUGAAGUGCUUUGAGUGUUUGUUUGUAAGUAAUGUGUUUUCCAUUCUAUUCUAUUCUGUGGUAUUCUAUUCUGUUCUACCAGGAGCUGACCGAGAGGAUGAGUGCCUUGCUGCUGGAGAGGGCUGAGACCCAGCAGAGUGCAGUGUUACUGCGGAAGGACAAUGAGAAGAUCAAGCAGCGGGAACAGGUGAACUGUAGUAGACCAUGUUAUGGGUCUGUGAAGGCCAGACCAGUGGUCACUUACCCUAGUCCUGGAUAGCUGCAGGGUGUUCAGCCUUUUGUUCCAGUCCAGUUCUAACUUUAUGUUUUCUGUUGAAUAUGACCAGGACGCAGUAAGGAAACUGGCCACCCUGCAGGGAGAGUUGAACCAGGCCAAGGAAGACCACCAGAAAAAGAUGGCCACUUUUGAGAAGGCCAUGCACGUAUCCCAGGCCAAACACAAAGAAGAAGUCAAAUUCUUUCAGAGUUUUCUGAGAGAGAAAGACGAGAGUGACAGAGAGAAAGAAAAGCAGAGGGAAAGCAAAAAGGAAGAUACAAACGAUAGUGGAGAAGCUGUUAGUCACAGCCUGGAGUUGCAGAUCCUGAGUCUGCAGACGGAGCUAGCUGCAGCCGUGGAGCGAAGCGCCCAGGAGGCUGCAGCGCUGCAGGAGGACCACCAGAAGGCACAGACAGAGGUUAGUUCAAAAGUAGAGUAAGAAAAAUUUCACAAAAGAAAUACCCUCACACUGUUGUAAGCCGACAGCUGACAAAGACCUUCUGGUCUAAAUGUUGCAAUAAACUGUAUGUGUGUUUCUUUUUCUUUUAGGCCCAGCAGGAAGUAGAGAACCUACGAGAGGAGUUGGCCCAGCAUAGCAUGCAACAUGAAGAGGAGCUGAGAGCUCUGGAGAAGGACUUUGAGAUGGAGAGAGAGAGACUGCUAUUCCUCCAAGAGGAACUCAGUGAGCAGCUCGCUCUCAAAGACAGGUGGGUCUUACUGCUACACAUUGGUGUUGGACAAGAUAUUGGUGUUGGAUGACAUGAGAUGUAGACUGUACAGUAAAACGCUUUGAGACACUUUAAAAAGUGCUUCAUUAAUCCAAUCUUCUUCCUCUUCUUGUUAUGACAGCUUCCUGCAGGAUGUGCAGGAGGAAGAGGAGGAGCCUAGCGGCCGCAGCUCAGGAAUAGCCAGGAUGUUGGAGCUGUCUGGUUUAAGUCAGAUUGAUGCCAGUGAUGGAGAGACGGAGACUGGACAGCUCCGAUCCGCCUUGGAGGACCUACAAUCCCAGAAUACCAUGCUGCAAGAUGAACUGACCUUCCUGGGCAAUGUGAAAACUCAACUGGAGGCGGAGCUUGAUAGGGUGAGGGAGGAGUUUCAGACAGAGAAGGAGGAGCUAGAGUUUAAGAUCGAUGAGUUGCUGAUGACACAGGAAGGUGCGACCCCUGACCUGAAUAUGACCACUUACCGAGACCCUCUGAGCCCGGCAACCCCCAAGUGUGACCUUCAGGAGGUUCCAGCCCUCACUCAGCUCCAGCAGAGCGGGCCACAGAGAGAACCAGCGUACAGCCUGCCUGCCAGCUCUGCUAGCCCCUCCAGUCCCAGACAGAGCUUGUCCAGCCCUGUCCCUGACACAGACCACCAGAGCUUGACCCUGGAUGAACAGCAGAGACUGAUCCUGGAGGUCCAGGAGCUGAGGGCCCAGUGUGAGACCUUAGCUAGAGAGAAUACCCAGGCGGUGGGUGAAUGUGAGUCUCUAGCCAAAGAGAGGAGCCAGGCGGUGGCUGGGUACGAACACACCAGAGACAUCCUGAGAGGCCUGGAGACUGAGCUAGGUCAGAGGACCGGGGACUUCGUCAGACAGUAUGAAGCUAUGAAGGAACAGGGGACGUCAGCGAUCCAGGAGCUACAGGAGAGAGUCAGAGGGCUAACUGAGGAGAGAGAGAGUCUGGUGGAGAAGGUGAGAGUGCUGAAUGAAGACAGAGCGAGCCUGCUGGAGAAGGUCCAGGGCCUGGAGAAGAGGCUGGAGAGCUUCCUGGAGCAGACACAGGCAGCCAAGGGGCUGAAGGAGCAGCUGCAGAUGUCUUUGGAGGAGAAGACAGAUUUAGCUCUCGAAUUAAAGUCCUCUCUGGAGGAGAAGACUGUGUUAGCCUCUGAGCUAAAGGCCUCUCUUGAGGAGCAGACAGCGUUAACCCUCGAGCUAAAGGCUUCAAUGGAGGAUCUGAGCAGGCAGAACGGGGAGAUCCUCUCUCAGCUACAGAUGAAGGAGAGUGCUGUUCAGGAGUUAGAGGAGACACUCAAUGUGGUGAGCACAGAGAGAGACCGAACACUGUCAGCACUGCAGGACAGAGAGAUGGGGGUGGUGAGGCUGAGGGAGGAGAGGGAGGUGGAGGAGAGUCAAGGCCAAAGAGAAAAGGAGGCUGAGCUACAGGCUCGUAUAGAGGAGCUGGAGAAGGAGAGGAGCCUGCUAAAGAGCAGCCUAGGGGAGGUGCAGAAGGAGAGGUCUGAGGAGGUGCAGGGGAGCCCAGGGGAGGAGGUGGAGGAGCUGCAGGCUCGUAUAGAGGAGCUUGAGAAGGAGAGGAGCCUCCUGAAGUGUAAUCUGGGGGAGCUGGUGGGGGAUACUGAAGCUCUACAGAGAGACCUGGGAGAGAUGAAAGUGGCCAAUGAGAAGAUGAGAACAGAGAACCAGGAACUGCUGGCCCAGGUCAGCAAGGCUACAGAGACACUGGCAGACAAAGAGAGGGAGCAGAAGGAGGAAGAACAAGCGGAGAGGAGAGAGCUACAACAGCAGCUAACAGAGAAGGACAAAGUCAUAUCUCAGCUGAAGAGUGAGAUUGCUGUCCUACAGGUGAGUGCUUCUUCUGUCAGUGUCUUCAAGUUUGUUACAGCGACUGCUGAGGUAUCUUUCAUUAGUUCUACAGAUUUACUUUUCCUCUCCCUCCACUUCCCUGUCUCUCUCUUCCUCCCUCUCUCCCCCCAACAGUCUACAGCCUCCACUGUGUCAGAGGAGAACACAGCCAGUGAGUUCACUGAGAAAAUCGGUACGUUCCUAAUUACUACUGUAAUGGAGAGGUCCAGAACAGGAAAGUGUGUGUGUGAUACUAUGACCAGUAAACACAGAUGAGCAGUACUAACAAUGUCAUGCCUGUUUUCUUCUUUCUAGGUGAUUAUUAAGCUCAUAUAAGAAUGACAGAUACAAAGUGCCAAUCAUUAAGGGAUUCUGAUUCUGCCAGUGAUCUGUGUGUGAUGAUGUCUCUGUGUCCUCUUUCGAUUCCAUCCCCCCAUCCCUUCAUCGCAGCCCUGCUGGAGAAGGAAAGAAAAGAGAAGGAUGAGAGGAUGAAUAAGAUCAAGGCUGUGGCUGUGAAAGCCAGGAAGGAGCUGGACACCAGCAGGAAAGAGGCUGUGUCUCUGAAGGAGGAAAGGGAGGUGUUGAAGGCUGAGAGAGAGAGAGUAACCUGCUCUAUGAAAGACAUCAUCCAUGGAGCAGAGGGAUACAAGGUACUCAAUAAGGAGCUUUCUGUUUGUGUUUCAGUUAGUAAUGCAAAACAGCCACAUUAAAUGGGUUCAUUCGGUUGUCUUUAUGAAUUGGCUUUGUGAGCCAAUAGAGAUCAAAUCACUCUGCCCAGUGUAAUGGGAGUUUUGUUCCAGACCUGAAUGGAUGGAUACCCUGUCACUGUGUAGAACAGGCAGCUUGAUAUAGUAUGUGUUAUUCUGCAUUGAACUGUACAAUGCCUACUCAAUAAUGAAUGUGUUUUAAUAUUUCAUUUGUGUGUUACAGAACUUGCAGCUGGACUACGACAGGCAGACAGAGCAGCUGGAUAAGGAGAGAGAGAAGGUUGAGGGAGCUGAGAAACAGAUCUCAGAGCUGACCAAACGACUCAACACCGCUGUACAACAGGUAUCACAUACACUGUUCUAGGAAUUUACAGGUGCAAAAGAGAAGAGCAGUCGCAGAUACAUUCAAUCAUAAAUCAAUCAGGUUCAUUACAAGUUGCAACAGGAAGACACCUCCAGCACAGAAGCAGAGAAAAUGUCUAACUGGCUUCUUGGAGAUAGGCCCGUUAUAUACUAAUCAGACAGCACAAAGUGUACUGUAAACACCAGCCAGAGAGGCUUGUAGGAAGUCAAAACAAAGGGCAGUGACUAUAACAGCUGCUACAGAAUCAGUGUUUCACAGAAUACAGUAAUAAUCAGUAUGUCCUCGGUCCUUAUACCUCCAGUCUGGCGUCAAUCACUAUCAACAGAUAUGAGUUGAAUCCAUAACAUACAGCAUCAGAUCUAGUGACCAUCAACCGAAGUGUUACAAACAGAACACUGGAAAUCAUGUGUACUACAGAAAGAGAAAAUAUAUAAAUAUGCUAAACAUUGUGUUAACUCUAAACUGAAUAUUAACUUUAUUCAUCUUAAAUAUUCCCAUGACAUACACCAAUGACUUGAAGUCUUUAGUUUAGUGCACAUCAAUCAGUUAAUGUGUGUGUGUGGGAUGAGAGUAAAAGCCAAUUUAUGCUUGCUCUGGGAAUGUAUUCCGGAGGCUCAUUACAGAGGGUGUGACGCACAAAAAAAUAAAAAUAAAAUUCGAGCUCCUUACUGCAUCGCCGUGCGCCUCACAAAUAUUCCCAUUACACACACACACACAACAGUCCCACACACAAACCAUGCUCAGUCUUCCAGCGUGCUCAACCAGACUGACAAUUUCCCCCUCAGUACAAAUAUAAACUAUCCAUUAGUUAAUUAUUUCCAUUCCACUUCUUAUGAUAUUAUCAUCUCCUCCUAAUUGUCUUUCUAGUGAAGUAAUGGAGUGUGUGUAAAUAAACCAGUGUCUGGUUCCAUCUGGUGUUGUAGCGUUGUCUCUACUGAGGGAGAUGCUGGUCAUGGCUGUGUGAGCUGAGAGCUCCCCUGGGACUGCAGACUGGAAGUACAGACAGAGAAACUCAAAAUAGUGUCUGAACAGUGUCUGAGACUUCCCUGGAUGUCUUUAUGUUAGAUAUGUUGAAGUGUAUUCUCUAUCCCUGGCUGGCUGAUUAUAUGGCCAAGGGGACUGGUGAUUGUCAAGAACUCUUGAGUGAAGUUUUCUUAAAUGUAUGUUUUUCUGUGUGUCCAGCAUGAGCAGCUGUGGUUGGAGAGAGAGGACCUGAUGACUGGGAUGGAGACUCUGAGGAGCAUGGUGAGACAGAUGGAAGGACAGACAGCAGAGCUACACAGACAGACAAACACCCUGAACAGAGACCAUCAGGCUGAGAGACUACUGAAGGAACAGAAGACAAAGGUGUGUGUGUGCGUGCGUGCGUGCGUGCGUGCGUGCGUGCGUGCGUGCGUGCGUGUACGUGUACUAUGUUAACUCUGUUUGUGUCUCCAGGAACUGUCGUCGUUGCAGAAGGAGGUAGAGGAGUUGACAGCUCAGCUCCGCAGACAGAAGCAGCAGUCUCAACAGACAACACAAGAGCUGGAGCAGCUACGCAAGGUACACACAUACACACACACACGGCAUGGCCACUCAAAUAAAGAGCUGGUGAAGCCCUUCCUUCUAACCCUCACUGGGAGUUGUGUGUCGUGUUGCCUCUAGUCCUAAAAAACAACUCUCAGACUCUAGAAGGAUGUCAAAGUAACGUUUUCCCCUCAAGCACUGGAAGCUGCUUUUCCAUUACUCAUACUAAGAUGUCUAGAAACAUGAUUCAGUGUGUGUAUGUUGCGGUGCAGUGUGAAUCUAUUGUGAAUAUGUGUGUGUUUUGUCCUUCCAGGAGGCCCAGCAGAGCUCGUUGUUGGACAUGGAGAUGGCAGACUAUGAACGCCUGGUCAAAGAACUCAACACCAAACUGUCAGAGAAAGAUGUGUGUGUGGAGGAGCUGAAAACACAAAUACACACACACACUCAGAAAGAAGAAACACUCAACCAGAAGAUUGGUACGCAGACAUUUAUACAUUUUUACAUUUUAGUCAUUUAGCAGACGCUCUUAUCCAGAGCGCAUACAUUUUAAUACUUUUUUCGUACUGGUCCCCUGUGGGAAUUUAACCCACAACCCUAGCGCUUGGCCAUGCUCUACCAACUGAGCUACAUGGGACAUUUAUCACACCAAUCACUACCAUUCGCCCCACUGACAUAGUUCUCUUACAACUAACCUACUAAAACGGCACUAAAUCAGGUUACAGUAGAACAAAAUCCUUUACGUUUCUAUAAUGGGUUUCAUUCAUUAUAAUGAUGCCCUUUAAUGCAUUUCUGUAUUAUUUCAUUCCUGAAACGUGUGAUCCUCCAGAGGGUCUGAAGUCCCAGCUGGAGCAGGGGGAGGACAAGAGCUCCAAGAUGAAACAGCUGCUGGUGAAAACCAAGAAAGACCUGGCGGACGCAAAGCGACAGGUCAGACCCCAGGAACCACUUUGUUGUGUUCCCCUUACUGCUUUCCCCUAUGUGUGACGUCACUACUGUAUUAUAAUGAAUGUUGACAGUGUUAGGUUACGUUAAUACAUUGUAGGAGCCUAGUUGGGGUUGCCUUAGAAACACUCACAUUGUAGUGUGUGUUUGUAAGCGCAUGUGUGUUUGUUUGUGCAGGAAGCCUCUCAGAUGAUGACCCUUGCCUCUCUGAAGGGAGAACUGGAGACCCACCAACAGCAGCUAGAGAACAGUAAGAUCCAGUGUUGUGACCUGUCUGGGGAGCGCCACAGGCUGCAGGAGCAGCUGAGGACUCUGACGGAACAACAGCAGAGAACAAGCAGCUCCCUGCAACACCGACUGACCACGCUACAGCAGGAGGCCAACACUGCCAAGGUAUACACUACUGUUCAAAAGUUUGGGGUCUCUUAGAAAUGUCAUUUUUUUGUCCAUUAAAAUAAUAUCAAAUUGAUCAGAAAUACAGUGUAGACAUUGUUAAUGUUGUAAAUGGCUAUUGUAGCUGGAAACGGCUGAUUUUUAAUGGAAUAUCUACAUAGGCGUACAGAGGCCCAUUAUCAGCAACCAUCAGUUCUGUGUUCCAAUGGCACGUUGUGUUUGCUAAUCCAAAUGUUUCAUUUUAAAAGGCUAAUUGAUCAUUAGAAAACCCUUUUGCAAUUAUGUUAGCACAGCUGAAAACUGUUGUGCUGAUUUAAAUAAGCAAUAAAACUGACCUUCUUGAGACUAGUUGAGUAUCUGGAGCAUCAGCAAUUGUGGGUUCGAUUACAGGCUCAAAAUGGUCAGAAACAAAUAACUUUCUUCUGAAACUCAUCAGUCUAUUCUUGUUCUGAGAAAUGAAGGCUAUUCCAUUCGAGAAAUGGCAAAGAAACUGAAGAUCUCGUACAACGCUGUGUACACUACCGGUCAAAAGUUUUAGAACACCUACUCAUUCAAGGGUUUUUCAUAAUUUUUACUAUUUUCUACAUUGUACACAUAUGGAAUCAUGUAGUAACCAAAAAAGUGUUAAACACAUCAAAAGAAAAUGGAGAUUUGAGAUUCUUCAAAUAGCCACCCUUUGCCUUGAUGACAGCUUUGCACACUCUUGGCAUUCUCUCAACCAGCUUCACCUGGAAUGCUUUUCCAACAGUCUUGAAGGACUUCCCACAUAUGCUGAACACUUGUUGGCUGCUUUUCCUUCACUCUGCGGUCCGACUCAUCCCAAACCAUCUCAAUUUGGUUGAGGUCGGGGGAUUGUGGAGGCCAGGUCAUCUGAUGCAGCACUCCAUCACUCUCCUUCUUGGUAAAAUAGCCCUUACACAGCCUGGAGGUGUGUUGGGUCAUUAUCCUGUUGAAAAACAAAUGAUAGUCCCACUAAGCCCAAACCAGAUGGGAUGGCGUAUCGCUGCAGAAUGCUGUGGUAGCCAUGCUGGUUAAGUGUGCCUUGAAUUCUAAAUAAAUCACAGACAGUGUCACCAGCAAAGCACCCCCACACCAUAACACCUCCUCCUCCAUGCUUUACGGUGGGAAAUACACAUUCGGAGAUCAUCCGUUCACCCACACCGUGUCUCACAAAGACACAGCGGUUGGAACCAAAAAUCUCACAUUUCCACCGGUCUAAUGUCCAUUGCUCGUGUUUCUUGGCCCAAGCAAGUCUCUUCUUCUUAUUGGUGUCCUUUAGUAGUGGUUUCCUUGCAGCAAUUUGACCAUAAAGGCCUCAUUCACGUAGUCUCCUCUGAACAGUUGAUGUUGAGAUGUGUCUGUAACUUGAACUCUGUGAAGUAUUUAUUUGGGGCUGGUAACUCUAAUGAACUUAUCCUCUGCAGCAGAGGUAACUCUGGGUCUUCCAUUCCUGUGGUGGUCCUCAUGAGAGCAAGUUUCAUCAUAUCUCCCGAGUGGCGCAGUGGUCUAAGGCACUGCAUCGCAGUGCUAGCUGUGCCACUAGAGAUCCUGGUUCGAAUCCAGGCUCUGUCGUAGCCGGCCGUGACCGGGAGACCCAUGGGGCGGCGCACAAUUGGCCCAGCGUCGUCCAGGGUAGGGGAGGGAAUGGCCGGCAGGGACGUUGGUAGAGCAUGGCGUUUGCAACGCCAGGGUUGUGGGUUCGUUUCCCACGGGGGGCCAGUAUGAAAAAUAUAAAAAUAAUGUAUGCACUCACUAACUGUAAGUCGCUCUGGAUAAAUGGCUUCAUGGAUUUCCCAUCAGUAGAGUUUGAGUGUGCAGCUUUUCUAAAUGGUUGAAACCAAAUCGUAUUAUUUCCCUGGGGUCUAGUGGGUGAUAAUGAACGUUACUGUCUGGCUCCACGGUAGAGGAAGUGCUGCUGGGUUGCCUACUUCCAGGACCUACACACUAACACUGUACUAUUCACUACAAUAUCUAAUCAUUGACACACACACACACACACACACACUAUACAGCAGGGGUUGGCAACAGGCGGGCCAAAUACAUUUUGGGGGGGAAGUUUUGUUUGCGGGAAAAAAAAGACAAAUCACCAGGAAUUCAGCAGAUUUUUUUUUACUAAACAAACAAAAUAGAGACGUGAUCGUGUCUCAAAUGUAAUCAAGGUAAAUUAUUGUUAUUUUCGAAUACAAUCUCUUUUUGGGCUUAGUUGUGGUCAAUUUGCAGUGUACAAAUUAUUAUAAUUACAGUGCCUUCAGAAAUUAUUUAUACCCCUUGACUUAUUCCACAUUUUGUUGUGCCUGAAUUCAAAAUGGAUAAAAUAUAUUCUUUAAAUCUCACCUAUCUACACACAAAACCCCAUAAUGGUAAAGUGAAAACAUGUUUUUAGACAUUUUUGCUAAUUUAUUGAAAAUGAAAUACAGAAAUAUCUAAUUUACAUAAGUAUUCACACCCAUGAGUCAAUACUUUGUAGAAGAACCUUUGCCAGCGAUUACAGCUGUGAGUCUUUCUGGGUAAGUCUAAGAGCUUUCCACAUUGCUAGACAACCAUUUUCAGGUUUUGCCAUACAUUUUCAAGUAGAUUUAAGUCAAAACUGUAACUCGGCCACUGAGGAACAUUCACUGUCUUCUUGGUAAACAACUCCAGUGUAGAUUUGGCCUUGUGUUUUAGGUUAUUGUCCCGCUGAAAGGUGAAUUCAACUCCCAGUUUUCCUCUAGGAUUUUGCCUGUGCUUAGCUCCAUUCCGUUAAUUUUUCUAUCCUGAAAAACUCCCCAAUCCUUAACUAUUAAAAGCAUACCCAUAACAUUAUGCAGCCACCACUAUGCUUGAAAAUAUGGAGAGUGGUACUCAGUAAUGUGUUGUAUUGGAUUUGCCCAAAACAUAACACUUUGUAUUCAGGACACAAAAUGAAUUGCUUUGCCACAUUUUUUGCAGUAUUACUUUAGUGCAUUGUUGCAAACAGGAUGCAUAUUUUGGAAUAUUUCUUAUUCUGGACAGGCAUCCUUCUUUUCACUCUGUCAAUUAGGUUAGUAUUGUGGAGUAACUACAAUGUUGUUGAGCCAUCUUCAGUUUUCUGCUAUUACAGCCAUUAAACUCUGUAACUGUUUUAAAGUCACCAUUGGCCUCAUGGUGAAAUCCUUGAGCGGUUUCCUUCCUCCGGCAACUGAGUUAGGAAGGACGCCUGUAUCUUUCUAGUGAUUGGGUGUAUUGAUAAGCCAUCCAAAGUGUAAUUAAUAACUUCACCAUGGUCAAAGGGAUAUUCGAUGUCUGCUUUUUAAAUGUUUACUUAUCUACCAAUAGGUGCCUUUCUUUGCGAGGCAUUGGAAAACCUCUGGUCUUUAUGGUUGAAUCUGUGUUUGAAAUUCACUGCUCAACUGAGGGUCCUUACAUUGAGGGUCCUUAAUUAUAUAUAUUGGGUACAGAGAUGAGGUAGUCAUUCAAAAAUCAUGUUAAACACUAUUGCACACAGAGUGAGUCCAUGCAACUUUUUGUGAGUUAAGCAAAUUUUUACUCCUGAACUUAUUUAGGCUUGCCAUAACAAAGUGUUUGAAUACUUAUUGACUCAAGACAUUUCAGCUUUUCAUUUUUUAUUAAUUUGUAAACAUUUCGAAAAACAUAAUUCCACUUUGGCACUAUAUGUUCCAGCCCCGCGACCAUUUGCUCCGACAAAAACCGUCCUGAUGCUGAAUCUAGUUGCCUACCCCUGCUAUACACCGUCAUAUUUAUAGCUGCUGAUCUGCAGAAACACACCUAAUUGUACUUCAGGGUGAAAAUAGAGAUACCGGUACCACGUAAUAUGUGUGCUGACAAACAGUUUGUUAAGCAUUGAAUUAAUGAAAACUUAAAUCAAUGUGUGGUGUGUAUUUUGUUUCCAGGCUGAGCUGUCAUCUGUCACUACUGAGUUUGACAGCUAUAAGGUCAGAGUUCACAAUGUCCUCAAACAGCAGAAGAACAAGAGUUCAGCCCAGAGCGACGGACACGCCACCAAACAGGAGAGGUAUAGGGACAGAUACUGUGUGUGUGUUAUAUGGUGACAUAUUUGAUGUGUGUGUUAUAUGAUAAUAAUGUGUGUGUCACAGGGACCAGAUGGAGUCCAUGGUGGACCAGUAUAAAGCCAAGCUGCAGGUCAGUCAGCAGACUCUGGCGGUGAGCACUGCAGAGUUCCAACAGCUCCAGAUGGAACACGACACACUGCUGGAACGACACAACAAGAUACUGCAGGAGACCGUCACUAAAGAGGCUGAACUCAGAGAGAGGUGUGUGGAGGAGGAGUAACCUUGCAUGAAGUCUUGUAUUAGCUCCCAGAGCUCAUGCCAAGACUUUAGCUCAGUGGGUUAACGUUUCCCAUCCCUCCUUCUUCUUUAUCCCCCCCCCCCACCUCCAGACUCCUGUCUCUCCAGGCGGAGAGUAUGUCACUGCGGACAGAGCAUGCCCAGACGGUGGGUCAGCUUACCUCCCAGGCCGACUCCCAACGUUCAGGGUUCCGGGAGCAGAUCCGCCACCUUCAGGACGAACACAGAACUACAGUAGAGACCCUGCAGAACCAGACGACCAGGCUGGAGAACCAACUAUUCACAUUGCAGAACCAGACCAGUAAGACCGGAGAGGCUGAUGAUUGGGUUGAGACUGUUAAAGAAUAGAGUGAGGUUUUGGAGAGGAUAAGAGUGGAAAAGAGAGGAGGGGGGUGAGUGUUGGGUUAGAGAGGCAGCAGAGAGUGAGAAGGGGAUAGAGGCCAGGGGAAAGGUAGAGAGAGGGGUUGUGAGUUGAGUAUGAGAGAGCAGAGCUGAUAGAGCUAAUAUAUCACCUCCCACACAGCUGCCCUCUGGAGCCACUCCGAGUAAACACACACACUCCAUCUAUCUCUCUCUCUGUCUUUUGAUCUUACUCGUCUAGUGUCGUAGUACAGCUGUUUAAAGAUGGGAGAGAGAGGAGACUUCCUUCAUCUCAGGCUGGCCAGGUGUUAGUGUGAAGGCUAUAAAGAGCCCAUCCAGCCCUGCUCUGCCCGCCCCUCUGGGUAGCACCAGCACACUGGCAUCUGGAGAGCCUGGUCGUUAGUGCCACCCUAACACAAGAGUUGGGCGCAGUCGCACUUCUGGAGACAGCAAGGCUGGAUCCCUUCCUAUAAUCACAUCAUAUAAUUACAUCAUAUAAUCACAUCCUUGUCUCUCUUCCUUCAUCUGCACUGAACUUUAAACGGUUGAAGAUUUGAUUUGAAUCUUAAAGCGAAAAUUAUGUUAACUUCAAGUGCAAAUUAGGGCCAAGAGGUUCCAGAGAGACUCCAUCACUGUGUGUGUGUUCUCUAGGGUGUGAAGGGCAGGGCGGGCUGCAGGUGGUUCUACCCACACGUCUCUCACUCUCUCUCAGUCCAUCAAUCAGACACCGUCUGCCCACCGGAACCCGCCCUAUCUCUUUCUCUACCUCUGUCUCUCUCUCUCACACACACAAACCUACAGUUGAAGUCGAAAGUUUACAUACACCUUAGCCAAAUACAUUUAAACUUAGUUUUUCACAAUUCCUGACAUUUAAUCCUAGUAAAAAUUCCCUGUCUUAGGUCAGUUAGGAUCACCAAUUUAUUUUAAGAAUGUGAAAUGUCAAAAUAAUAGUAGAGAGAAUUAAAUAUUUUAGCCUUCCACAAGCUUCCCACAAUAAAUUGGGUGAAUUUUGGCCCAUUCCUCCUGACAGAGCUGGUGUAACUGAGUCAGGUUUGUAGGCCUCCUUGCUUGCACACACGUUUUCAGUUCUGCCCACAGAUUUUCUAUAGGAUUGAGGUCAGGGCUUUGUGAUGGCCACUCCAAUACCUUGACUUUGUUGUCCUUAAGCCAUUUUGGCACAACUUUGGAAGUAUGUUUGGGGUCAUUGUCCAUUUGGAAGACCAAUUUGCGACCAAGAUUUAACUUCCCGACUGAUGUCCCUCCUGUAGCUCAGUUAGUAGAGCAUUGCGCUUGCAACGCCAGGGUUGUGGGUUCGUUUCCCACGGGGGGCCAGUGUGAAAAAUGUAUGCACUCACUAACUGUAAGUCGCUCUGGAUAAGAGCGUCUGCUAAAUGACUAAAAUGUAAAUGUAAAAUGUUGCUUCAAUAUAUCCACAGAAUUUUCCUUCCUCAUGAUGCCAUCUAUUUUGUGAAGUGCACCAGUCCCUCCUGCAGCAAAGCACCCCCACAGCAUGAUGCUGCCACCCCUGUGCUUCACGGUUGGGAUGGUGUUCUUUGGCUUUCAAGCCUUCCCCCUUUUCCUCCAAACAUAACGAUGGUCAUUAUGGCAAAACAGUUCUAUUUUUGUUUCAUCAGACCAGAGGACAUUUCUCCAAAAAGUACGUUCUUUGUCCCCAUGUGCAGUUGCAAACCGUAGUCUGGCUUUUUUAUAGCGGUUUUGGAGCAGUGGCUUCUUCCUUGCUGAGCGGCCUUUCAGGUUAUAUCGAUAUAGGACUCGUUUUACUGUGGAUAUAGAUACUUUUGUACCUGUUUCCUCCAGCAUCUUCACAAGGUCAUUUGCUGUUGUUCUGGGAUUGAUUUGCACUUUUCGCACCAAAGUACGUUCAUCUCUAGGAGACAGAACGCGUCUCCUUCCUGAGCGGUAUGACAGCUGCGUGGUCCCAUGGUGUUUAUACUUGCGUACUAUUGUUUGUACAGAUGAACGUGGUACCUUCAGGCGUUUGAAAAUUGCUCCCAAGGAUGAACCAGACUUGUGGAGGUCUACAAUUUUUUUUAUGAGGUCUUGGCUGAUUUCUUUUGAUUUUCCCAUGAUGUCAAGCAAAGAGGCACUGAGUUUGAAGGUAGACCUUGAAAUACAUCCACAGGUACACCUCCAAUGAUGUCAAUUUGCCUAUCAGAAGCUUCUAAAGCCAUGACAUUUUCUGGAAUUUUCCAAGCUGUUUAAAGGCACAGUCAACUUAGUGUAUGUAAACUUCUGACCCACUGGAAUUGUGAUACAGUGAAUUAUAAGUGAAAUAAUCUGUAAACAAUUGUUGGAAAAAUUACUUGUGUCAUGCACAAAGUAGAUGUCCUAACCGACAUGCCAAUACUAUAGUUUAACAAGAAAUUUGUGGAGUGGUUGAAAAACGAGUUUUAAUGACUCCAACCUAAGUGUAUGUAAACUUCCGACUUCAACUGUACCUAUAUGAAGUCCGCUCUUUUUCAGCACAGUUCUUUUUAUCAUCCUCUUUUCUGAAUUUAUCCCCCAGUCCUCUACGCAUCAGGAUUUCACACCAGCACCCUCUCAUGGUGAAGUAGGGAAUUACAUUGUUGCACUCUGCCCGACUAGAUGAUAUGUGUUGUCUUACGCUCCCUCUCCACCGUCCCCUCCCCCUGUCUCUCUCCAGGUCCAGCUCCAGUCCAGACCAGUCGUAAGCCAGUGGUGGACCGCCGGACCGUGGACCACGGGGGGAUGGGGGGGCUGGGCCUGGGCCUCAGUGACCUCCAGUCCAUGGCUAGAGAGGAGGGAGAGGGCAUGGAGACCACUGAGACAGAGUCCCUGUCCCCCACACACACACCCCUACCCUCACUGGAGCAACUACUCACCUCCCCAGACCCCAAACAGGGUAUGUGUUUGUGUCCAUGCAUGAUUUCAAUGGCUACAUACUGUAGUUGUUGGUUUUAUUCCCACAAGAGACACAUAUUUGAGAUACUGUGUCUUUGAAUACAACUGUCUGCUAAAGGGACAUUUGUUUGUGGGAUUGGUUCCAGAGCCGUUUGUGUGGCAGGUGGAGCCAACUAAAGAGGAGUUAAAUCAGAAGUUGGCCACAGCUACACGCAGUAUGGAACACAUGAACAGUCUACUGCAUGAGACCGAGGCUACCAAUGCUGUUCUGAUGGAACAGGUCAACGUAUGUACACACACUCUCUCUCGCUCUCUCUUUUACAGUGCUCACGCAUUCAUACUUGUGUCAAUAUUCUUUCUUCUCUAGCUGUUGAAGUCUGAGGUGCGUCGUCUGGAGCGUAACCAUGAGAGAGAGAAGAGUGUAGCCAACCUGGAGUAUCUGAAGAAUGUCCUCCUGCAGUUCAUCUUCCUGCGGUCAGGCAGCGAGAGACAGGCUCUGCUCCCCGUCAUACACACCAUGUUACAACUCAGCCCUGAGGAGAAGAAUAAACUGGGUGCUAUCGCAAUGGGUAGGUACACUACCGGUCAAAAGUUUUAGAACACCUACUCAUUCAAGGGUUUUUCUUUAUUUUUACUAUUUUCUACAUUGUAGAAUAAUAGUGAAGACAUCAAAACUAUGAAAUAACACAUAUGGAAUCAUGUAGUCUUAGCCAAAGCUGUCAUCAAGGCAAAGGGUGGCUAUUUAGAAGAAUCUCAAAUAUAAAAUAUAUUUUGAUUUGUUUUGGUUACUACAUAAUUCCAUAUGUGUCAUUUCAUAGUUUUGAUGUCUUCACUAUUAUUCUACAAUGUAGAAAAUGGUAAAAAUAAAGAAAAACCCUUGAAUGAGUAGGUAAUCUAAAACUUUUGACCGGUAGUGUACACACACACACUGUUUACACAGACACACCAACACACACGCUGUACAUACACACACAUACUCUCUCUCUCACACACACACACACACACCCAUCGAUCGCUCAGUGUGAGUAGUAAGUUAAGUGAAAUUGCAGAGAAAUCAACAUUUUAUGUAGGUCAACAUUGGAAUCAACCGGGCCCGAGGUUGAUUUUAUUUGCCCCACUAAGUUUUCGGAGCAAUUUUUUUACUGUAAAAACACCAGCAAAUUAGCUCUAAGUGAUUUGUUCCAAAUCUGUUCCAAAGUAUUCCCACGCAUAGAGAGCUAUACACAGAGUAUACAAAACAUUGACAUAGACUGACCAGGAGAAAGCUAUGAUCUCUUAUUGAUGUCACCUGUUAAAUCCACUUCAAUCAGUGUAGAGACAGGUUAAAUAAGGAUGUUUAAGCCUUGAGAUAAUUGACACAUGGAUUGUGUAUGUGUGCCAUUCAGAGGGUGAAUGGGAAAGACAAAAUAUUUAAGUGCCUUUGAACGGGGUAUGGUAGUUAGUGCCAGGCCACUGGUUUGAGUGUGUCAAGAACGGCAACGCUGCUGGGUUUUUCCAUGCUCAACAGUUUCCUAUGUGUAUCCAGAAUGGUCCACCACCCAAAGGACAUCCAGCCAACAUGACACAACCUUGGGAAGCAUUGGAGUCAACAUGGGCCAGCAUCCCUGUGGAACGCUUUUGACGCCUUGUAGUGGCCAUGCUCCAACAAAUUGAAGCUGUUCUGAGGACAAAAGCUGGUGCAACUCAAUAUUAGGAAGGUGUUCCUAAUGUUUUGUACACUCAGUGUAUGUGAUCGUUUACAAAUGUAAGCAAGGUUUUAAAUUAUUAUGUUUUAGUCAAAUAUUAUACGGAGUGGCUAUGGAUAAGGAGUUUCUGUAUCCCAAUUUGCCCAGGCAAAAAAUAUGUAUAUUUCUGGGCAUUUUACAUAGCUGAGUUCCGACUCCGCUGCCUACGUAGCUGCUGUGCUGAGUGCUCCGCUGCCGCAAUGAUCGCCUUUGUUUUGGUUAUUUUUUCAUCGUCAUUGCGAACAUUGCCUAAGCUGCGCAGGAGGCUGUCAAGUAGUGUUAUUUUUUCAGGAACUACGAUAUGGCAGCAACUAUAAAGAUUAGCCUACAUCACACAAAACGCGAAUCGUUUUUUCUUCAAAGUGUAGGGACUGAGUCCUGCUUGUGCAACAACUGCAAUAUCCGUUGCAACAGACAGACCGAGAAGGUUGUAGCCUUUUAUAAUAUAUGUUUUGGAAUGUUUAUUCAAAUCGCUGCAGUGUUUUUAUUUCAACUGUUCAGAAAUAUGAGACAUGGGCUAUAUCAUCAUGGUUCAGAAGAGUGAAGGGAUGGGGAGUGUGAGCAGCAGCUACGUUAGAAAAAUGAAUGUGUGCGUAAAAUCACACAUGCGCAGAACGUGAUCUGGAUUCUAAGCUUUAAAAAAUAGGUUUCCUAAAGUGGCCAAUAUUAUAUCUGUUUGGGCUUCUUGCGAUUAAUUUGCUGUCAACUAAUUAUUAGUAAUUAUGUUUCGGCCCCCCUGACCAUCUGCUCAAGAAAAAAUCGUCCCAUGGCUGAAUCUAGUUCAUGAUCCCUGGUAUAGUGUAUAUGUCCCAUGGCUGAAUCUAGUUCAUGAUCCCUGGUAUAGUGUAUAUGUCCCAUGGCUGAAUCUAGUUCAUGAUCCCUGGUAUAGUGUAUAUGUCACAUGGCUGAAUCUAGUUCAUGAUCCCUGGUAUAGUGUAUAUGUCCCAUGGCUGAAUCUAGUUCAUGAUCCCUGGUAUAGUGUAUAUGUCCCAUGGCUGAAUCUAGUUCAUGAUCCCUGGUAUAGUGUAUAGUAAAUACUGUAGUGUCCUACCUGUGUCUCUGAACCUGUCUCUGUUCUGCUUCAGGUGAGGAGGAGGUGGGAGGAGCAAGAGGCUCCGGAUGGACCUCCUACCUACACAGCU